AUGGGGACGGCGCGGGGAGCGACGCGGAGGCCAGAGGCGAGGCGGAGGUUGCGGCUCAUGGUGGUUGGUGAGGAAGUCCGCCGCCGCUCGAGAAAGAAGUCUUCAUACUACAACAUUGUCCUAACGAACAUAGCAAAAUGGACGUACGAAAGUAACAAAAUCGGGCCUCGGAAAGGCCCUCAUCAACCGCAAGAUCAAGGAGGCGGUGGCUCCGAAGGAGUCCCAGCUGGUGAGACACUGCGCUCGAGCGUCUCUGACGAACAGUACACCCUCGACGAGAGUAACCCGCUCGCUUCCGUCACGCACGAGCGUGACCUCGACGAGUUCCUGGCGAACGCUGCGCUCGCUGACGCCGACUUCACGACUGAGCGAUCAAAGAUCCGCAUCAUUGCUGGACCGGGUGCCAAGCCGGAGGCCAACCCGUUCCUCCUGUCCGAGGCCGAGGAGAAGAAGGUGGCACGCAAGCAGUUCGACUUCCGAGAUGGUCUCAAGAUCCCCCGCCGACCGGCAUGGACGACGGACAUGACCCGCCUACAGCUCGAGAAGCAGGAGCGCGAGAGCUUCCUCGACUGGCGCCGCGAGCUCGCGCACCUCGCCGAGGACAGCAGUCUGCUGCUGACGCCGUUCGAGCGCAACAUCCAGCUCUGGCGCCAGCUGUGGCGUGUCAUCGAGCGCUCGCACCUCGUCGUCCAGAUCGUCGACGCCCGAAACCCCCUUGGAUUCCGCAGCGCGGACCUCGAGGACUACGUGAAGGAGGUUGGAAGCGAGGAUGGCGACGAGGCAGUUCCCGGCAAGGGCAAGCGAAGGUCGCUCCUACUCAUCAACAAGGCCGACCUGCUCACUUACGACCAGCGUCUCGCUUGGGCUGAGUACUUCGAGGCUGAGGGUAUCGAGUACGCCUUCUUCUCUGCGGCCAACGCCGCUGCCGCCCUCGAGCAGCAGGAGAAGCAGAGGAAGCGCGCUCUCGGCAUCUACGAGUCAGACGAGGAGGGCUCCGACGAUGACGAUGAGGAGGUCGCCGAUAGCGACGAGGAAGAGGGCUCUGAGGAGGAGAGCGAGGAGGACGCUGAGGCUGAGGAGGAGGAUGUUGAGGAGGAGGACGCUGAGGGGGAGGAGCCCGAGCAGCCGACUGCUCUCGACAAGGGCAAGCAGAAGGCGACGGUCGAGGACGUCGACGAGGCGGCCGAAGCUUUGGAGCAGGCUCAGCUGGAGGAGAAGCCGGAGGAGAUCGAGGAUAUCCGCACCCGUGUUCUGACUAUUGGCGAGCUCGAGGACCUGUUCAUCUCUUCCGCCCCUCCUCUCUCCGACUUUGCCACCUCCCGCGACCCGAACCCGUCCAAGCUCAUGAUCGGUCUUGUCGGCUAUCCCAACGUCGGAAAGUCGUCUACGAUCAACGCUCUCAUCGGUUCGAAGAAGGUGUCCGUCUCCGCUACGCCGGGUAAGACCAAGCACUUCCAGACGCUCGUUCUCUCUGACAAGAUCACCCUGUGCGACUGCCCCGGUCUCGUCUUCCCCCAGUUCGCCAACACGCAGGCCGACAUGAUCUGCGACGGUGUCCUCCCCAUCGACCAGAUGCGCGAGUACUCUGCCCCCGUCGACCUUGUGUGCCGCCGUAUCCCUCGCGAGAUUCUCGAGGGUACGUACGGCAUUCGCAUCGACGUGAAGGAGAUCGAGGACGGAGGUACGGGCAAGGUCGGCUGGGAGGACCUCCUCAGUGCCUACGCCAUUGCGCGCGGUAUGACGCGCUCCUCGUUCGGUAUGCCCGACACGUCUCGUGCGGCUCGUUACGUGCUCAAGGACUACGUGAACGCCAAGCUGUUGUACGGCCGCGCGCCGCCCGGCAUGGACGCGGACGCGUACAUGAGCACCUCCCGCCAGCGCACGCUGCAGGAGAUCGAGGACAGCUACGCUGCGGGCCGCAAGCGCGCGCCGGAGACGCACGUCUCGAAGAACUCGGACACGUACGUGGCCCCCGCCUCGUCGAAGGCGGCCAUCACCUCGAUGGAGCCGAUCGAGGAGGGUCCGGCGCCGACACACAACCAGAUCAGCAAGAACAGUGCCGUCGCCGCCGGCCGGAGUGGGCGCGUCAAGGCCGCCGCACUCGAGGACCACUUCUUCUCGGAGCCUGGCGCGCAGCCCCGUGUCGUCGUCAAGGGACGCUCGCAGGGCGCCGCCCCCGAGAUGGACUUCUCCCGCCCCACGCUCUACCCGCACCAGCGCCGGCUGGGACCGGACGGCAUGCCCAUCCUCGAGACGGGGGUCAAGGUCCGCAACAACGGCAAGAAGCACUUCAAGGAGAAGCGCGGCAAGCAGCGCUCCGGACGCGGAUACGACUAA